AGUGAAACUUCUCUAACUCGAACUUCCGUAGCUCGAAAUAUUCUCUAUAUCGAAUUUUCUUAAGAACAAAAUACGUUUUUAUAACAUCACUAUGUAAUUUUUUCCCUAUAAGUCGAAUUUCUGUUACCCGAAUAUUUCUAAAACACGAACUAAAAUGUCACAGAAACUGCAGCGGUAACCAAGCGUAACUCGAAUUUUUCGGGGAAACACCUACCGCAAUUUCGGGGAAUUACCGAGCUGCGAGUCGGCGACAGAUAACGACUUGUAUUUUAAAUUUCUUAGCACUUACAUAAGAUUGUAUCAGUUGUUGUUAGAACGGUGGUGAAAAUUGUCAAUUUUUGUAGUGAUAUUGGACUAAAAUGACAUCAAAACGAAGUGUAAAGUGUUUAACGCUUAAGGAAAAGUUAAAGCUAAUUGCCGAGGUAGAAAAGGGCGAAAACAAAAAGAAAACAUUGCACAAAUAUUUGGGAUUCCUCCUAAUACGUUAUCAACCAUUUUGAAAAACAAAGACAAACUCUUAGAACAAAAAGGUGACUAUAAUUUUAACUCCAAACGAAAAAGGAUUACAACUUGCGUCAAUAAUGAUGUUGAUCAAGCUAUGCUUAAGUGGGUUACUACCGCACGUGAGAAAAAUCUUCCUCUCUCGGGAACCUUAAUCAGAGGAAAAGCUAAAGAAUUUGCGAUUGCUUUGGGUUGCGAAAAUUUUUCUGCUAGUGUAGGGUAGUUAGAUAAAUUUAAAAAAAGGCAUAAUAUCGCACAAAUGUCGAUUUGUGGAGAAAGUGCUUCAGCCGAUUUACAGUCUAGUGAAGAUUGGAAAAAAAAACGUUUAUCCAGAUUUAAUCACACAAUGCCACGAAAACGAUAUUUUUAAUGCAGAUGAAACGGGCAUUUUUUUUAAAUGUUUACCCAAUAAAACAUUAGCCUUUAAAGGUCAAAAAUGCUUUGGUGGCAAAAACAGCAAGGAGAGAAUUACCGUUAUGGUUGCAAGCAAUAUGAGUGGUUCAGAAAAGUUGAAAUUGCUAGUUAUCGGAAGUCAAAAAACCCAGGUUGUUUUAAGGGUAUAAAAUCACUUGAUGUGGACUAUGAGUACAACAAAAAAGCGUGGAUGACAAGUGAAAUUUAUGAUAAGUGGCUCAAAAGUCUAGAUAAAGUCUUUGUUGCCCAAAAUAGGAAAAUACUACUGUUCGUUGACAAUUGUCCGGCACAUCCUAAAAAUGUACAAGCAAACUUAAAAAACAUUAAACUGCAAUAUUUUCCUCCUAAUUUGACGUCUGUUCUACAACCAAUGGACCAAGGGAUUAUUCAAAAUCUCAAGCAACAUUAUAGAAAACGAAUUGUGAUGAAAGUUUUGGCCCAUAUGGAAGAACCAACUCCUACGACUGUGUCCUUACUUGAUGCAAUCAGGGAUCUAAACAAAACCUGGAAUUUGGGUGUAAAACCACAAACAAUCAGCAAUUGUUUUAGAAAGGCUGGUUUUGCUAAAGGUGAGUUAAUGCAGAAUGCUACUACGGAUGACUGGGAUGAAGAAGACAAUCUUCCAUUGUCUGAAUUGAAACAAAUUUGGACCACAUAUCGAACGGCAAUGGGAACCGAUAAUGUGUCUUUUGAUGAUUACGUCGAUACUGACCAUGGUGUGCAAACAAUGGGAUUCCCAACAGAUGAAGACAUUUUAGAUAGCGUCAUGGAAAAUCUAGUUCCUUCUGGAAAAGACUAAGAGGAGGAAGUCUCUAGUGAAAGCGAGGUUGUAACAACAACUGAAACUAUACCCACAUUUAAUCAAUCGUAUUCUGCUAUCCAGACCCUAAGAAAUUUUACUUCGUCAAAAGAAAAUGUUCCCAUGCGUCAAUAAAUGUAGUGGAACAUUUUAUAGAGAAAGAGAAAUGGUCCGUAUUUAAACAAAAAAAAAAUUACCAAUUUUUUCCAAUAAGAAUUUAUAUACAUUUAUAUAUAUACUACAUAUGUAUUACAAACUGUCUUUUUAAAUAAACAUGUACAUACAUACAUAUGUAAAUAAAUUUGAACUCAACUUAGUGUAUUUUCCUUAAUUCGAAUUUUCCGUAACUCGAACUCUACUUUCUGUCCCUUGGACAUUCGAGUUAGGGAAGUUCC